AUGGUCGGGAGUGAAGGGUUGGCGGGCGAGGGGAAUGAGUUCGUUGAUGCGAUUCGGAAGCAGACGAGUAAGAUUGAGGCGGUGUUGGAGAAUGUUGGGGAGGUCAUUAAGCCUUACCUGGGUCCAUUAUCCCGCUUUCUGAUCAUCUCCACCUUCCUCGAAGACGCACUCCGCAUAACCACCCAGUUCAGCGACCAGCUUGCCUACCUCCAGCAAUACCGCCACUUCCCCCGCGGCCUGAGCCAUUUGUUCUUGAUGCUGAAUGUGAUCGUUAUGGUCGGUGCGAGUGGAGCUGUGGUGGCGAAGAAGAGGGUUGAGUGGGCUGUUGGGGGGUUGUUGGGGGUUGUUGUGGGACAGGCUGUGGGGUAUGGAUUGAUUUUCGAUUUAUCGUUUUUCUUGCGCAACUUGAGUGUCAUCGGUGGAUUAUUGAUGGUCCUCUCCGCCUCCCUGACCGAAAAACAAAAACACUCGACACGUUCGCUAUUCACCCCCCUAACAACCCUAACCGACCCCUCCCACGCCCGCACGACCUACUUCACCCUCGCCGGCCGCACCCUCCUCAUCUUCCUCUUCCUCUCCUUCAUCUACGGCUCUCAAUCCCCUUGGUCAAUCUUCCGCAUCCUCUGGACCCUCGUCGGAUUCGUCGCGUGCCUCAUGGUCGUCGUCGGGUUCAAGGCGAAAGUUUCGGCGACCGUGUUGGUGAUGAUCCUGAGUGUCGGCAAUGUAUUGAUUAAUAAUUGGUGGAGUGUCCAUUCUGCGCAUCCGAAUAGGGAUUUUUUGAAGUAUGAUUUUUUUCAGACGUUGAGUAUUAUGGGCGGGUUUUUGUUGUUGGUUAAUGUUGGGCCUGGGGGGUUGAGUGUGGAUGAGAAGAAGAAGGUGUACUGA